AUCCUCCAAACCCUCUCCUAUAAAUACCACUUCUCUCCCACUAAUCACCACUACCUCUCUCUUCUCUCUCUACUCACACACAAACACAUUUCCUUUGCCGUGUUCUUCUUGCAACUUCCUCUGUUCUGUUUCAUAACAUCUUCUUCUGAUCUUUGCAAUGGCAGUGUCUGGGUUCGAGGGUUUCGAGAAAAGACUCGAACUUCGGUUCUUCGACGAUGACAAACCAAUCACCAAAAACCCUAUGGGACUCCGUCUAAUAGACUUCGAAUCUUUAGACCAAGUCUUAAACGAAGUGCAGUGCACAGUGGUCUCCGCCGUAGCGAAUCGUAGCUUCGACGCUUACGUUCUCUCAGAGUCAAGCCUCUUUGUAUACCCAACCAAAAUCAUCAUCAAAACAUGUGGAACCACGCAACUCCUCAAAUCAAUCCGACCGUUGAUCCAUCUCGCACGUAACCUCGGCCUCACGUUACGCGCGUGUCGCUACUCGCGUGGCAGCUUCAUCUUCCCUAAAGCUCAGCCUUUCCCUUACACAAGCUUCAAAGACGAAGUCAUCGUCGUCGAAGAAAGCCUCCCAAAAUCUCUCUGUUACCGCAAAGCCUCUGUUAUGACGCCUUCUAAUAACCCAUCACGUGCUUGGCACGUGUUCACCGCAAGCGCUGACGUGGAAUCCGACGAACAUGUCGUCGUAGUCGAAGUAUGUAUGACGGAGCUGGACCGAGUCAACGCUCGAAGCUUCUUUAAACGGAAAGGUGACGAGAAAAACAACAGCGAUUCCGCCGGGAAAGAGAUGACGCGGCUCAGUGGUAUCGAUAACAUAAACGCAAACGCUUAUAUAUGCGAUUUCGCGUUUGAUCCUUGCGGUUACUCGAUGAACGGCGUCGACGGUGACCGUUACUCAACUAUCCACGUAACGCCUGAAGACGGUUUUAGCUACGCGAGCUUCGAGUGUGGUUUGUCUCUCUACGACAACGGUCACGAAGAUAUCUCUGAGGUGUUAAGCCGGGCCAUUGAUGUUUUCCGUCCAAGUGACGUCUCGAUCGCCACCACUUACGGCGGCGAAGAUUACAACCACGAGGUGACUAAGCGCGUGGAGCGUGUGUUAGCUAAGAAGCUUGAUCUUAAGUGUCGGAGCCGUCUUAUGGAUGAGUUUCCAGGCUCCGGAACCGUCGUUUAUCAGUCCUUCACGCCUCGUCGGAAAUAGGCUUCGCCGGAGGAGUAAAAAAGGAGAAAAUGUUUUAAUUAGGUUUCAAUUAGCUUAAAGGAGAAAAAAGAAACAGGUAAUGACGUGGAGGGAAAUGAUUGGUUGACUUGGGUUUAAGGAGGAUAUUAAGUGGGAACAUAUGAUCAUGCACCCCACUUUGCACUUGUGGCAAUGUCACGCCUAAGCAUUUUUGAGGUUCAGUGUUGUAGAAUUUUAGUGGGGGAUGGUAAAAAUGGUUUGGUCUGUUUUUUUUUUGUCUUUCUUUUAUUUCUUCUUAUGUUUGUUUUUUAUAUUUUCGAUUUAAAUUAUCUUAAAUCUAUAUAUCAGACUGUUGAUAUACGGUUUUAAUCGUUCUUACUUUAUAUGGUUACAAAUUCAUUCACCUUAAAAGUAAACUAAUUAUGAUGUGAAAAAUAUUGUAAAACAAUUUCAAAAGAUCCUUAGCUA